AUGACAUCAAAAUCACUCCCACAGACUCUCUGGGAUACCCACGUUCCAAUCCACAUUAUACACCCCUCAUCGCCCACUACGCCCUUCGUCGCCAGCGUGCCCAGAUUUAGCUAUCUUGCUCUGCUGCUGCCACGGCUAUCUUCGUUUUUUAACACACCUUGUUCCAGCUUCCAUUUUGAAGAGGUUCUCUUGAGGAAUCUUGCGGUUGGGCUGCUUGUCGAUUUAUACCAGCCCAGCCUACCCUGGCGCCUCACAGUUAGCGACGGACUCAGCUGGGAUAUAUCAGACACGUUUUUAAACAGCGCAAAAGAGGCUGAUUUCAUUAGAAAUGGAAAUGCGAACCAAAUUAUGAAGAUGUCCAAAAGCGACACUACACAGCUAUGGCAUGCAGUCAUCGAUAACGACUAUCCUUCUUUUGCAAAGAUUAACAAUCGUCUGCUAAACGCACCGACUGCAUUAAAACAUGUUCCAAUUCGAAUUUUCCUACCAUCAGUUCAGAACGCCGAAGACAGCAGCUCAGCACCGGCAGAAGCCAUGGGCUCGUUCAAAAUCAUACAAUCUCUGAUGCAGCCUGCACAAAGAGAUCGAAGGCCAACAUUGCUUGGCCACGCGCUCAGAGAGAUGAUGCCAGUACUAUUCCCGAGUAGCCGGGAUCCUGUGCUCGCGACAGUUGUGAUGCAUGGCGCUCAACUCCCCUUCAACACACCGCUACAAGAAUUAAUGAAAGACGCAGCAUAUCCGGAUGGGUGGAUAUGUUUAGUUGUCAAAGUUUUAUAA